ACAUUUCCAAAAGUAUUAUUUACCCAAUUAAACCUGUGAAUUUAUAUUUCCUUUUUGCAUUUUCGUCUUUCCUUCCUCCCUCCCUCGAAUAAGGAGACAGAAACCCAGAAAAAAGGGACUUCAUCGUUCAUAUCAAACCUUGAGCAAAAACAUCAAAGAAGAAGAAGAAGAACAUAAAAGAUGUGGCGGUGCGUCACCCGGGGUCUUCGUGCCCAUUCCUCCAAAACUUCUCCGAUCUCUUCCCAAUCUCUCUUCCCCAGAUUCUUCUCCUCUCUAUCCAAUCCGGUGAGUGGGUCCAGCUACACGGUGGUAGACCACACCUACGAUGCGGUUGUCGUCGGAGCAGGUGGUGCCGGUUUAAGAGCCGCCAUCGGGUUGUCGGAACAUGGAUUCAACACCGCUUGUAUUACUAAGCUUUUUCCUACUCGUUCUCACACCGUUGCUGCUCAGGGUGGAAUCAAUGCUGCUUUGGGUAAUAUGAGUGAAGAUGACUGGAGAUGGCACAUGUAUGACACCGUUAAAGGAAGUGACUGGUUAGGUGACCAGGAUGCCAUACAGUAUAUGUGUAGAGAGGCACCAAAAGCUGUGAUUGAGCUCGAGAAUUAUGGUUUGCCGUUUUCUCGAACAGAAGACGGGAAAAUAUAUCAACGCGCGUUUGGUGGUCAAAGCUUGAACUUUGGGAAAGGGGGGCAGGCCUACCGAUGUGCAUGUGCUGCUGAUCGAACUGGCCAUGCUUUGUUGCACACUCUUUAUGGACAAGCUAUGAGGCAUAAUACACAAUUUUUUGUGGAAUACUUUGCAUUGGACCUUAUUAUGGAUGAUGAAGGUGCUUGCCAAGGUGUAAUCGCUUUGAAUAUGGAAGAUGGGACGUUGCAUAGAUUCCGUUCUAAAUCAACAAUUUUGGCUACUGGGGGAUAUGGUCGAGCAUAUUUUUCUGCAACCUCUGCGCACACAUGUACCGGAGAUGGAAAUGCAAUGGUGGCACGUGCUGGCCUUCCGUUGGAGGAUCUUGAAUUCGUGCAAUUCCACCCAACUGGUAUCUACGGUGCUGGAUGCCUAAUCACUGAAGGGUCCCGUGGUGAAGGUGGUAUUCUGAGAAAUAGUGAAGGUGAGCGAUUCAUGGAAAGAUAUGCUCCAACAGCUAAAGAUCUUGCAUCCAGGGAUGUUGUAUCUAGAUCUAUGACGAUGGAGAUUCGAGAAGGCCGCGGUGUAGGACCAAUGAAGGAUCAUAUUUACCUUCACUUGAAUCACCUGCCUCCGGAAGUACUUCAGGAAAGACUUCCUGGUAUCUCUGAGACAGCUGCUAUCUUUGCCGGGGUUGAUGUUACAAAGGAACCCAUCCCAGUCUUGCCAACUGUUCAUUAUAACAUGGGUGGUAUUCCCACAAACUACUAUGGAGAGGUUGUCACCAUUAAAGGUGAUAAUCCAGAUGCAGUCAUUCCUGGAUUGUUGGCUGCUGGGGAGGCUGCUUGUGCAUCAGUUCAUGGUGCUAACCGUCUUGGUGCCAAUUCUCUUCUUGACAUUGUUGUUUUUGGUCGAGCUUGUGCUAACCGAGUUGCGGAAACCACUAAACCAGGGGAGAACCAGAAACCUUUGCCUAAGGAUGCUGGGGAGAAGACUAUAGAGUGGUUAGACAAAUUAAGAAAUUCAAAUGGCUCUCUUCCAACUUCCCAAAUCCGCCUGAACAUGCAACGAGUUAUGCAGAAUAAUGCUGCUGUCUUCCGAACACAGAGUACACUGGAGGAAGGUUGUCAAUUGAUUGAUGAAACAUGGGAGACUUUCCAUGACGUUCAAGUCAAAGACCGCGGUUUGAUAUGGAAUACUGAUUUGAUCGAAACCAUAGAGUUAGAAAAUUUGUUGAUUAAUGCCUGCAUCACCAUGCACUCUGCUGAGGCUAGGAAAGAGAGCAGAGGAGCUCAUGCCCGUGAAGAUUUCACGACAAGAGAUGAUCAAAAUUGGAUGAAACACACUCUAGGAUUUUGGGAGAACGAGAAGGUUAGACUAGAUUAUCGACCAGUUCACCUAAACACAUUGGACGACGAGGUGGAGUCUUUCCCUCCUAAAGCUCGUGUAUAUUGAUGUGCUUCAUCCGAAUAAAACCCCUCGCCAAACAAGUAGGAUAAAGGAAGUUAACAAUAGAAAUGAUAUACUUAUGAUGUGAUAGAGAAACAGAGGGGAUAAUACUUGGGUGAAUUUCAUUUUUUUCAAUUGCAGCGAGAAGGGUGUUGUUACCCUUUGAUUAUUUUCUAAAAGCUUCCUGCAAUAAUAUGGUUUUGAGAGAGAGAUUUUGUUCAUGAACCAAAUUGGUGAUAAUUCAGAAAGUGAAUUUGUAAUAAUAACAAUGUCUGCGUUUUUGUGUAAACUGCAUUAAGGUAAUAAGAAGCUCAAUUUGUUCUUUA